AACGAAAUACCAGUCAAGAUCUUGAUUUCGCGCUUAUUUCAACAAAACAUGGAUAAGAAAACUCCUAAUUUACCAUGGGUUGAGAAGUAUCGUCCAAAGCAGCUGGAUGAUCUGAUUUCUCAUGUUGAUAUUAUCAACACUAUUCGUAAGUUUGUUUCGGAGGAGCGGUUACCACAUUUGCUGUUCUACGGUCCUCCAGGAACAGGAAAGACUAGCACGAUAUUGGCUGUCGCUAAGCAGAUUUAUUCACCAAAAGAGUUCAACUCCAUGGUAUUGGAGUUGAAUGCAUCAGAUGACAGGGGUAUUGGAAUUGUUCGGAAUCAAAUUCUCAGCUUCGCUAGUACAAGAACUAUAUUUAAGUCUGGUUUCAAGAUCGUGAUACUCGAUGAGGCUGAUGCGAUGACGCGCGAUGCACAAAAUGCUCUUCGCAGAGUGAUUGAAAAGUUUACCGAAAACACAAGAUUUUGCAUUAUAUGUAACUACCUCUCUAAGAUCAUCCCUGCCUUGCAGUCGAGGUGCACACGUUUCCGAUUCGGACCGCUGGGAACAGAACAGAUGGUACCGCGACUAGAAUAUGUUAUACAGCAGGAGGGGGUGAAGGUCACACCCGAUGGAAUGACAGCCUUAGUAACUCUUGCUUGUGGAGAUAUGAGGAAAGCUCUCAACAUUCUACAGAGUACAAGUAUGGCAUAUGACCAAGUGAAUGAGGAAAAUGUGUACACAUGUGUUGGUCACCCGCUGAGUCGAGACAUCGAGAACAUCGUCAACUGGGUCCUAAACGACAGCUUCUCAACGUCUUACAACAAUAUAAUGCACCUGAAGUCUGCCAAGGGUUUAGCACUACAGGACAUACUUACUGAGGUUCACCAGUUCGUCCACAGAGUGGAUCUGCCAGUUCAUGUGCGUAUUCACUUACUGGAGAAGUUGGCAGAUGUUGAAUACCGUUUAGCGUCAGGUACGAGUGAGAAAAUACAGCUGAGUUCAAUGAUUGCUGCAUUUCAGCUAGCGAGGAACCUUAUUACCAAGGAGUGAUAUGACAUGUGUCACAGGACAUAAAUUGAUAAAGUUAAUAUUGUGACAGGAAUUCACAGAUUAAGCUGGUCCUCCAUGUGUAUAUACAGGCUUACAGCCUUACUUACAAAUUAACAACUGAACUCGGACAGACCAGCUCGUCCUCCAUGUGUAUAUACAGGCUUAUGGCCUUACUUACAAAUUAACAACUGAACUCGGGACAGACCAGUCAGGUCAACACUGGGAGUUGAACGACUUGUGUCAUUACAACCAACAGUCAGGACAGGUUGAAAUUAAAGCUUCUGGAGACCAAUCAAACCAUUUUCUGUGGAUACCUUUGGUCAAAUGCUGAUGGAAAUGAACAAAAACCAUUUGCAACCUAAGAACAUGGCAUGGCAUGUAGUAUGUUCUGAUGAUCAUGUUUGUUGAGCGUUGCUUGCUUGACAAAGUAAUUUAUUCAAGCUUCCAAGUUGAGUAUAAUAUGGAGUUACUUCCCUUCCAGUUCCUUGAUGUAUGUAUUAACUGUUGAAUCCAAUUACGUUUAUUUGUUCAAAGGUUGGUAUUCUGUCACAGACCAAAACACUGGCUAUCCAGAGACCUGGCCUGCGACAGACAUGCCCGAAACCGUAGUGAUAUAGGGGCAUGUUAAAGGUGCGCUCGCUCUCUCUCUCUCUCUCUCUCUCUCUCUCUCUCUCUCUCUCUCUCUCUCAAAGGUUGGCCAUGGUAUAUGCAUUUCAUGUCCAACUGAUAGUGAUACAUCCUACAUGUGUAUUUAAGUAGAAAGCCACUUUUAAUACAGUCGGCAACUAUUACACUUUGAUCAAGUAAAUUGUAUCUUGGUAUCCAACUUACCAAUGGAUCUGGGAACAUCUGUGAGAGUCUUAUUUACUAUAUUUGUCAGAAAAGAUUCAUUGUAAACUCAUAAAAAUAUUCCCAGUUCAAAACGUCUGAAGCAAGUUGAACCUCCAUGUGUCUGGAUGACAGCCUCUACCCUUCUCAUCCCCCAGUGAGUUGUCCGAUACAUCAAGAGGUAACAGCUGACACUAUCGAUGUAAUGCGGCUUCUAAAGCUGCCAGAACAUUCUCUAGAUGGACGGCCUUUCCAGGGAUAAAUCAAAUAAAAACUUGCAUUUAUAUCAAA